AUGACUGACGACAGCACUAUCAAGGAUAGCGUUCGGUUGAAGCCGUUCAUCACGUCGCCAGCCGCCACAGAGGUGCCGACUGAACCUGACACCGAUUCGGGCGCGGAGGACUCUGACACGGAGACGGAGUCGGAAGCAGAUAAUGAGGACGAGGAUACAGGAUUGACCGAAAAUCAAAACCGUCUCCUCUACAUGGUGUCCCUGUACACACACAAGGCCGACACCCGUGGUGACAGGGACCACUGGCUGCGAAAACCUGCUUUAGUGGUGCUGUUGUACGAAGGCAUUGUCGCAAAUGUCCUUGACUUCGACUACGCGCCACAGUCUGAGCUGAUCGAAAAUCGUCGAAUAUGGAUGAACGUCAGCCAAGAGGGUAAAUCGGACGUGGAGUUUCUCCGGGAGGAAGAGCUCGUAAACGGCCUACAUGUAUCGUCGAGAAGUUACAAGCCAAUAACCUGCUACCAGAUAUCUCCGAAAGGAAAGGAGUUGGUUAAGCGCAUCACGCGCAAAGAAAAGGAGGCCGUGCACGAGUUUGUGUACGCAAGGGGGACUCGCGAGUUACUUCAUGUUCGAUGGGACGGAAACGAGUAUUGGUUGGAGAGUGCAUCAGGUUACCGGCGGAAGUCAACGAUCACAGAAACGGAAGACGUUUCUUACGUGUCAUCGGCCUACGUGCCGCAGUGCCUACGAUACGGCGGUCGGCCUACCCUUUCGAAUGCACAUCGCGCGCACGAAUCCGGGGUGAAUACGGACAACAUCCGAGAUGAGCUGGAUGAAGUUAUCACCCUCAAUUCCGUGUCAAUCAUCGUAGCGGAGUAUAUUCCUUUCGGAGCCAACCAGAUCGUUAACCUCAACAACAGCGUAGGAUCGACGGAGAGGUGCCAAGGAGGCUUCAUAUCUCCCGCUAUUGAUGACGACUCCACCGGCACAGACCUCGAGAUGUCGCCGGAGCUAACGAGCGUGGAUAUUCUAGACUACACGCUGACAAACCACAUCAACUUCGAGGCGGAGAUCAACUUUGCCGAGGAGAGCGGAGUUGUCCAGGUGGAAACUUUCGGCGUCAGCCUAAACGCUGAGGGCACAUGCUUCUACGGGAUGCAGGUGGAAGCGGUGAUGGAUCGAAUCAAGGAUAACAUUUCCUUGGAUCACAUGGCCCGGUUGCUUGUGGAUGUGCAGCAAGAUUCGUCGGGUAUCGUUGAUUCCAUCAUAUCGCAGCACCAGCGCGAGCUUCUCAACCUAAUUUUCCUUGGUGACGCUCCAAACCGGAACAAGGUGAACCUGAUCAUGGCGAAUGAGAUUACGCCUCACCUGACGGCGGAGGAGUACAUGGACAAGGGCGAAUACGAGAACGAACUAAAGCAGGUCAUCGGGGACACAAAGGCGGCGUAUGACAUCAGUGAGCACGACACACUCAUCUUUGGUGGGCACGGGCUGCUCGUCGCGGGGCCGAAUUCCCGCCACCACGAGCCACUGUUGUGCGCGUACCUCCAGUUCAUCACGAUUGACAUCUUUCUGCAGAACUACUUCUCAAGAUUGUGGAUUCUGACGGAUGACAUGAAGGUGACCUACGACAUUAUCGUCACGUCGGAUACGGACCCCACCGCACUCGAUCGCAUCAGGUAUCGAAUAUGCGCCAUGUCAAACGACAUCAUCGUGCUGGAGGAAAUUUUAGGCUACGUUUUGGAGGCACUGGACGUCAUUGAGGUGCCCCCGGAACCACCAGAGCAAGCGGGGCGGUCUCUGUACGAGCGAUUGGAAAUAUCUGGCAUGCGUUCUCAACUGUUGCGAAGAUCCGCCGACCUGAAGAAGAAUGUUAGCGGAUCUCAACAGUACCUGGAUGUGUUACGGGAAAUGAGCGCGGUGGUGAGCGAGAACAAGAUGUUUCGGCUGAACGAAAGCUUGGAGAUGAACACCAAGAAGUUGUGUAACCUCAACGAGAGCAGUGACAAGUCCGCAAAGUCGCUCCAGAUCUUGCUGGUGAUGUUUGCCGGCAUGCUGGCGUUCGACGUGUUGGACCGUCUGACGGGAGACUGGACUGUGACCAACUCUGAUUGGUUCCAGGCGUUUUAUGUGGCUGUCAUUCAGAGUACUCCAAUUUUGUGGUUCAUAAUAUCGCUUCUAGUAUGGGGACUAGUGGCUCUGCUGGUUUGGAGAGUUUUCAAGAAGAUGCACUUCAGAUCUCAGGGGCUCACCACCAUUCGAACGCGAUUCUACCGCAAGGUAUUCCAAGACAAGCUUCAGGCGUGGCUGAAGUUCAAAGCCAUAUCGCUGGAAGAACGAAACUUUGACCUCAGCAACGAUCUGGUAAGGAUAACGUACGAGGAACGUCAUGCCGGAGACUGGGGGGGGUUCAAGCCGAAGGUCGUGGUGGAGUACGACGAGAGAAACAACUUCCUCAUGGCCAUCGAAGUCACCUACAACAGAAGAGAGGCCAAUAAAAACUUUGCUUACAACUACAGAGAACUCAAGGACAAGAUCCAGCAGGAGCUCGACACUGCACAGGUUUGGGAUCCCUCUAGCGAAGAUCACUCCUCCCAAGACUUGGCAGCGGACAAACGAGCUGCCAUCGAGCGCCGGCUGAGGGAAGAGGACGAGGAAGAAGACGAUGCAUUCACCAAAUAA